GCUUGUGUUAUUGUGUUGCAGGUGCGCGUAGAGCGGCCGCGGCCCCCGAGGCCCGCGCGGUCCCAUGCUGGCGGUGCCGCCCCCGGCCGCGCCGCCCCCGGGCUCGCGGCUCAGCCAGCCCGCCGCCGAUGAGCUCCGCGGCAGCAGCGGCGCGAGCAGCCCGGCGAGCCCAGAUAGCAGCCCCACCUCUGGCACCUUCAACGACGGGCCCAGGCCGGGCGAUAAGGAGAACCCGUUCCGCGAUCAAAGUCUCAGCAACGGCUCGCGCCCAGCAGCAGCAGUAGCGAGCAGCGUGUCCUCCCGACUCGCCAAGAGCCAGAGCGUCAUCGAGAACCUGCAGCGCAGCCUCGUCACCAAGCUCAGCCCGGCCACCAUCCAGUCGCUCAAGAGCAAGUACGCCGCCACGCCCGCGCCCCUCGCCAGGCCCGAGCAGACAGACCCGGACCUCGACGCGCCCUCCCCGACCUCGCCGCUUUUACCGGUGAAAAGCAGCCCCGAGGUUGGCGACAAGCCGCGCGCCAACGGGAACCGCAAGGCAACAGCUGCCGUCUUCGACGUCACCAACGUCGAGAACCAGAGCAGCGUCAAGCUCGCGUUCCUCAGCGGAGAGGCCGUCAAGCAGCCGGCGCCCCGCCCCGCCAAGAAAGCUGUCGAGAGGAAGCCACUGCACAUUCCCUGGGCCCGCAAGGUCGUUGCCAAACAGGCUGACAAGCAGUCCCCCAAGCCGCCGGUGCCCGCCAAGAAAGAGGCUCUCCGUGACAGCAACAGGCAGCCCAUCGCCGUCAAGAAGUCCCCCGCCAAGCCCACCAGGUCCACGCCUCAGGACGGCCUGUCUGAGCUUCUGAAGACGCUAGUCAUCGAUAACAGCUCGUCAUCCGAGAGGUCGACCGAAAAGUCUCGCGGCGGAGACGUCGUCAUCGAAACUCGAACGAGCGCCAACCCAGCCGACAACACGGCGUCACCAGCGCGACCGUCCAAGCCGCAGCCCGCGCCCAGGACGACCAGCCUGCCUCCAGCUUCCUCUGGAAGGACAUCGCGGGAGUCGAUAGUCUCUCCACGGGCCUCGCCGUCACCGAGGCCGCACAGCCUAAGCCCCCUGCCCAGACCGUCGCCGGCCACAUCUCCGGGCAGGACGCCCCCGGAGCGGUCGCAGCUCCUGGAGCACAGGCUCAACGAGAUCAGGAAGGACCUCUGGCACGAGGGCCAGGACUCGCCUCGCCGGCGCCAUGACUCGCUGCCCCCGGCGGACAGCGAGUCGCUCGCCGCCCCGCCUCGGUCCGUGCAGGAGGCCACGCUAGAGCACUACGCGCGCGCCAUCCAGAAGCACCUCGACGGCCGAGGGGCAGCGCCCGCCGCGCCGCGCCUCAGCGAGCUCUGCGUCGACACAUCUAGCUCGACGCACUCGUCCACGUCGACGCUCGUGUCCACGCCGUCGCAGUCCCCCGGCUGGGACUCGCUACCGCCCACCCCGCGCGGCAGGCGCUCCACUGACGGCGGUGGGCAGGAGUCUUCCUCGCACAAGAAAAGGCUGCGCGAGGAGUUGCUGGGCUUCUACUACAGGAGCCUGGAUCGCGAGAGUCGCGGGAGCAGGUCCGGCCGCAUGUCCGCGCCGCCGCUGCCCUACGUGAUCCCCACGGACCAGGCCACCUACACGGCGGACCGCACCCUGCGCCAGGAGUUCAUCGUGGUCCCCGGCGAGGCGACGUACCAGAACGUCCACUCGCUGCGCCGGCCGCCCGGGUCGCCGCUGCUCGCGUCUGGCGAGGACAGCGACAGCACCCUUGCCUCCCAGGACCAGCCGCGACCCCGCAGCAACAUGAACUUCUUCGUGCGCGGCGGGCCGCAGCGCAACACCAUCGGGGCCUACCCGGCGCGCAAGACGCCACCCAAGGAUGAGGUGGACCUGCGGCGGGAGUUUGGCGGCGACGUCGAGCUCCGCCACCCCCAAAAGCUGGUCAUCACCAACAACAAGAAGCGACACAACAGCGAGUCGGAGGCCGCACCACGAGCCGUCAACGGCAAGCCGAACAAGGGUGGCAAACCGUACGAGGCGUGGGGCAGUGGCAAGGAAAGCAAGAAGGCAAGCAAGUCAAACGGCACCGCCAACGGCAAGAAGUCUCUCUUCCCCAUCUUCCGGAAGGGCAGCCUGCACCCCAGUCCACCGACCACGCCAGGUACGCCGCCGCCCGUGCUGCCCAAGAGGGUCAGCUUCUCGUCGGCGACCUCCCCGAUGUACGCCACCAGCACGCCCAACGGCCACGGCGCGGCACGCCCCAAUGGCGACGGCUGGCCCACCAGGAAUGGGCCAGCUGCGACUCCACCGACGAGGACCUCGCGGCUGGACAGCAGCGACUCUGUGUUCCUGCCGAAUAAUUACUACGCGACUCAGGAGCAGAUCUACGCAAACCAGUACGCCGUGGCCCCGGGGGAGGGCACGUAUGUCAACUACACCAUGCCGACCCCGCCGGAGAUGCAGCCCGGCGCCCUCAACGGCGGGACCAACGGCGGGGGCCUUGCAGUCAACGGCUACUCCCCGGGGAGCGCGCACUCCCCCGUGUACGGCAAUUCGCCCAGGAACCUGUACGGCAGCACAAAGCAGACGCACACCUCCCCUUCCUCGCUGUACGGCAACGCCCGGCAGCCCUCUGGCACGCCCUCCGCCGGGGUGUACGGCACAGUGCAGCAACAGCAACAGCAGCUACAGCUGCAGCAGGCACAGCAACAGCAGCAGCAGCAACAGCAGCAACAGCAGCAACAGCAGCAACAGCAGCAACAGCAGCAACAUCAGUCGCCCUCCGGAGUCUACGGAACGACCGUAAAGUCACCGGUCGGAAUCUACGGACCCACGUCGGGUCUCUACGGCUCAGCGCCCUCAGCUACAUACGGCAGCACCAAGCUGCCCCCCUCGGGGGCGUACGGGUCGACCCAGUCGUCCCCGGUGUACGGGACGAGGCAGCAGCCCUCGCCCGGCCCGCCGCGAGCCACCACGCCACAAGGGUCGGCGGCCGAGCUGACCAGCCCCUACGGUGCCAGGACCCCCAGCGGCGUAGCCUACAGCCCGUCGCAGCCGCCGUACAGCCUCGCGCCGCCACAGACCGGGUCUUCCCCAGGCAGCGUCUCCGUCGGCUCGGCGCCGUCGCCCGCGGGUUCGUCUUUCAACGCGUCCGCGAACACGUCCCUGAACGCGUCGAGUGCGUCGGUUUCGCCGUACGGACCGUACGGGCACCAGGGCCGCUUGUACGGGCGGACGGGGCUGCCGCCGCGCGCCCAGAGCGCCACCCCCACCAUGAUGAUGGCCCCGGACAGGCCGCUGCCGCCCAUCCCCGCCGGCAGGGCGUCGCUGGGGGGCCCGGGCCCGGGCCCCAGCCCCGGCUCCGUCGCCCCCAAGCUGAGCCAGCUCACCCUCUCCGAGAGCGAGUCCGGCAGCGAGGCGGGAGAGGUGCAGCGCAUCCUGCAGCAGGCCAACGACAAGAAGAAAAUAACCUUCAUCAAGUUCUCAGGUAAGCUCGCCCGCUGCAGAGUACGUAACCUGUCCUGGGAACACCACGUCUGUUUGUUUUGGGGCACUCCCUUGUGGGUCUCACCCACCACUCGAUGGUAAAAGUUGCGCGCAAGGUUUUUACAUGAUCA